AUGGCUCCAGUCUCUGCUCCAAGCGAGCAUGAUUCCGACGACGACGUGGAGUUCGAGGAUGUGCCUCCCCCAGGUGUAACCCAGACCAGUGGACCUUCAUCAACGCGUCCAGCCGCUUCUCAUGUUGAAUCAUGGAGUCCCUCACUGUCUCUUCCGCCGCAGCGGGAUCACCCUAUCCCCUCCGGCUCCCAGGAGGAGACCCAGCUCCGUGGCCGUUUGAGCUCCGGAAUUGAAACCAUCACCUACCGGCAGAUGAAGUCUCAUCUGGGUAUGGAUGCCCCGAACACGCCUGCCUCGCAGCGGAGGUAUGAGAGCUUCCAGGAGUUUGCGGACGAUGUUGAGCAUCUAGUUGAUAUACUGUGGGCCUCGGCAACGGCAACCAUCCAAGUUGAAGGCUUCAUCACCCUCGCUGGCAUCGUACAGAUGUCCAUCCGCAGCUUCAUAUUCGAGCCCCACCCCAUGCUCAACAUCCUCCAUAAAUUUGACGAGAUCUUCGCCGGCCUCUGCACCGCUACGCAUCCUCUCACAGGUCUUCCACUUCCGGCCUUGCCGUCGAACCGUCCUCUCGUGACCGAGACGCAGAAAGUCCGGAUCCGCAGCCUGGCCGAGACCACCCGCUCCGAGGUGUUCUCGUAUCUGUCUAACCCGGACGAGCGUACUGCUCCUGAUGUCGAUCUGGAUGAUUUUGAUUCGGGGGAUUUGGAGACCCCGUGGAUGCUGGAGGCGACGCGCAUUUAUGACAAGACUUUGAUGUUGCUAGGGGACCAGGGCGAGACUGAUGCAUUGUAA